AUGAGAAGGAAACGAAUUGGAAGUCGAGUCAAUAUCUUUCUAUUAGCAAUGCUCUGCUGUCUAAUAUUUAUUUAUGGUAUUGAUCGGAAACAAACCAAAAGUAUACGCAACGGUCCAAGGAGUUCAAUCACUGAAGACAAUGAAUUCUUUGUCAACACCAGUGGAUGUCGAAUAAGUUCGAUGAAACCACUUUCGGAUUUUGCUCUGUCCUUCAUGAAACCUUUUGAUCCAAUUGUUUGUAAAAUGGUUCAGUUGAUGGUCGCCGAAACCAUUGAAGGUAGGAAUUACUUGGUCAGAAACAUAUCAAAGUCUGGCCUACUUUCGUGUUGUCGUGUGUGGCGCUGGAGACAAGUCUGCUGUAUUUAUCGGGAAUUUGUCAGGGUUGAUGACUCAAAUAACAAGUACAGGUCCUGGAGGUUUUUUAAGCUAAGCGAAGGAUCAAGGUACCUUGAUGUGGGAGCUGGCCAGCAAAAUAUUCGCAUCUGGUGCUGGGUGGACUUUGCCAGGAUUAUUUUUCAUGAUGUCCUUUAUUUUCUGCCACCGCCUUCGAAUGCUUCAGAACCGUAUCACUCCAAGGACCGUCUUUCCGUGAUGAUCCUGGGCAUUGAUUCCAUUUCUCACAUGCACUACCUGCGACAUUUUCAUCAGGUGGCCGAUUUUAUAGAACAUUUGCCCCACACAGAAUUCUGGGGCUAUAAUAGAAUCGGAGUAAAUACCUAUCCCAAUCUUAUGCCACUGCUAAGUGGUCUAUCUAACGAUGAGAUGGAGCAGUCUUGUUACAAAGGUAGAACCAACUUUGACAACUGUCACUUUUUGUGGGAUGACUUUAAUGAGGCGGGAUACACCACCAUCUAUGGCGAAGAUACGGAUAUAUUCGGUUUAUUUAUCUACCGAAAGAGGGGCUUUAAGAAGCAGCCCACAGACUUUUACAUGCGUCCCCUGAUGCACGAGAUUGAAUCGCAUUCCUUGUAUCGCACAAGAUUGGACCUUAAAUGCACUGGGCAUCGCCUCUAUUGUGAUGUGUAUUAUCAAUUUAUCUUGAACUUAAUUCCUCAUAUGCAGCGCAUGUCAAUAUUCUCAUUUUUCUGGAACAUGCACGGCGUUCACGACUACUUUCAUUUUGCCAAGCUGGUGGAUAAAGAUUACCUGAAUAUAUUGAGGAAUCUGCACGAAAAGGGAGUAAUGGAGCACACUCUGAUUCUAUUUAUGGGUGAUCAUGGCUUGAGGUUUGAUAAGUUUCCACAAACUGCCGAAGGACAAAGAGAGAUGUCACAGCCGCUUUUAAUCGCCAUUUAUCCCGAAUGGUUGAAAAAAAGAUUCCCUCUGGCCAUGUCCAAUUUUGACCAAAACUCUAGAAGUCUGAUUACAACAUAUGACCUGCAUGAAACCCUUAAAGAUGUAAUAAACCUUGAACAACUAACCGAUGCUAGUGUAAGUAAUCGAACGCGAUGUUUGGAAAAUAGUCGUGGAAUCAGCCUGUUCUUACCCAUUCCUGAGCACAGAGAUUGUCGAAGUGCGCAAAUACCGCGACAUUACUGCCUCUGCAACGAACUAACCGUGGUUUUCACCCAUGGCACGGCAGUUCAACAGGCUGCCCAAUUUGCAGUGGACAGAAUUAAUGAUCUCAUUAGGCCAUAUCCCCAGUGUCAAAAACUGUGGCUCAAGGAAGUUCGAGCUGCUUAUGGCGCAAAAGAUAAAUCUGGAAAAAGUCACCAAUUAACACAGAUUAUGGUACGUUUGAAGACGACGCCGGGAAAUGGAAACUUUGACGCCACCAUUCUAAUAACAAACAUUAUGGAAAAAAGGACUCUGAAACUAGGAGGUCCUGUCACCAGGACUGACAAGUAUGGACAUCAGUCGUAUUGCGUUCAAAACUACCGCAUUGAAAUGUACUGCUAUUGCUUGUAAUAAGA